AUGGCGGCUCAAUUUUUGUUAAAAAUUCAGAAGACCGUGAAUGAGCGGGCGUUUAGUGAGGCCACUUUGGUCACAAGGAUCUUUGAAGGGUUUAUUCUUGACGACAUGUAUUUUGCUGAUAUGCGUUUUGGGAUGAAGUUUUUGAGGAGGACAUCAGCCUCUAGCUUCUGGAGCCAAUUAUACUGGCCUUUUAACACAGGCGUCCACAUCAUUGCUAAAGCCUUCUUAUCUGAAAACAUUCCCGAGUGA